UUUGAAUUUUGCAUUAUCUUCAAUUUCUUCUUUUGUUGGCCAAAUCAUGACCACUCUCGUGACCGGUGUGUUUCUCCUCCUACUAUCCGUCGCCGGCGUCGUCUCUGCCGCUAGAUAUAUCACCGGUGAUGUUCUCCGGUUACCUUCGGAAGCUUCAAGGUUCUUCCGAUGGAGGAGCGAUGAUGAUGAAGUUGGUGGCACAAGAUGGGCGGUCCUGAUUGCUGGAUCUAAUGGAUAUUGGAAUUACAGGCAUCAGGCUGAUGUUUGUCAUGCUUAUCAACUCCUAAGGAACGGUGGUUUGAAAGAGGAAAAUAUCAUUGUCUUUAUGUACGAUGAUAUCGCUUUCAAUGAAGAAAACCCUAGGCCUGGUGUUAUCAUUAACAAUCCUCAUGGCGAUGAUGUUUAUAAGGGAGUCCCGAAGGACUAUACUGGAGAAGAUGUUAAUGUUCACAACUUUUUUGCGGCUCUCCUCGGAAACAAGUCUGCUAUCACCGGGGGUAGCGGGAAGGUUGUCGAUAGUGGCCCUGAUGAUCAUAUCUUCAUAUACUACACUGACCAUGGGGGUCCUGGUGUGCUUGGGAUGCCUACCUUCCCUUAUCUUUAUGCUGAUGACUUGAUUGAUGUUUUAAAGAAAAAGCAUGCUUCAGGGACUUAUAAAAGCAUGGUAUUCUAUCUUGAAGCUUGUGAGUCAGGUAGUAUCUUUGAGGGUCUUCUUCCUCAGGGGUUGAAUAUCUAUGCAACCACAGCAUCAAAUGCGGAAGAGAGUAGCUGGGGAACCUAUUGUCCCGGAGAGUACCCAAGUCCUCCCCCAGAAUAUGAAACCUGCUUGGGAGACUUGUAUAGUGUCGCUUGGAUGGAGGACAGUGACAUGCAUAAUCUGCGGACAGAGACUUUGCACCAGCAAUAUGAACUUGUGAAAAAGAGGACUAUCAAUGGUAAUUCUGCGUAUGGCUCUCAUGUCAUGCAAUAUGGUGAUGUAGGGCUUAGCAAGGACAGUCUCUUUGCAUACUUGGGUACAAACCCUGCAAAUGAUAACUUCACCUUUGUUGACGAGAACUCCUUGGUGCCACCUACAAAAGCCGUUAACCAGCGUGAUGCUGAUCUUGUCCAUUUUUGGUAUAAGUAUCGCAAGGCACCCGAAGGCUCUGUUAGGAAGACUGAAGCCCAAAAGCAGUUUGUUGAAGCCAUGUCUCAUAGAAUGCAUAUAGACCACAGUGUGAAACUCAUUGGCAAACUUUUAUUUGGAAUUGAAAGAGGCUUGGAAGUCCUGAACACCGUUCGACCAGCUGGCCAACCUCUUGUCGAUGACUGGAAAUGCCUCAAGAAAAUGGUGAGGACUUUCGAAACACAUUGUGGAUCACUAGCCCAGUACGGGAUGAAACACAUGCGAUCCCUUGCAAACAUCUGCAAUGCCGGGAUUCAGACAGAACAGAUGGCUGAGGCAUCGGCACAAGCUUGUGUCAGCGUUCCUACUGGUCGUUGGAGCUCUCUUCAGAAAGGUUUCAGUGCAUAAAAAUACCACUGGAAUCGGCAAAUAUUAUCGGCCAAAGCUUGGAUUAUGUUUGUACUUGCUGUGUUUUCUUAUAUCCCGAAUGGUCCGAAUGCUGCUGCAUUUUGAUGAUUAUUCAUGCGAUUUCUUAUUUCUGAAGUUAUGUAGGAGCAACUCUAAUACCAGACUGCUAAAUUUAUGUAAAUAUGCUUUAGGAUGUGUUCUAUAUCAGACGACGAUGUUUGUAUAUAAAUGAUCUAUGAUGGAACUAUCAUAAAUGAAAAGAAGUGCUUGUUUUAAUUA